AUGACACGAUUUUGCCUACGGGAACGGGGUUUGGAGUCACGACUGAGAACCUUCAACAGCCAGCUGCUCGACUGCCUGGCCACUCCGUUAGCCGAUCGACUAGAGGAGUGGCGGCGAACUGUCACCCAACUAGAUCGCGAGAAUAACAAAGAGUGGCGCCGUGCUCGCAAUGAAUUGCAGCGAGUCACCGGAGAUUUCGACAAACUGAACAAACGUUUUCGAAGAAAGGUCAAUGUGGCUUGCCACAACAACUCGGCACUAGGCGUGGGACCCGAUUCUACCAUGGGCGACAAUGUGCAGCUCAACUUCUUACAACACGAUCUGGAGUUGAAGCAACGUACCCUCGCCGAACUCGAACGUUCUAGCCUCAGACGAGCAGUUGUCGAAGAGCGUCGCCGAUUCGCCGAACUGAUGACCUGUCUGAAGCCUGUGCUUGACUCGCAUACUGCCCUCUUCAGCGAUGUCACUGCUAUCGACGAGUGCGUUGCGACUAUCGGGGAACACGUUUUCGAUCCAAACAACCUGCCCAAUGAGACAGAGCAAGCGAUUGACGAAGCUGUUGAACAGGUAUCUUCUAGGAUGCGAUCAUCCGAAUGGAAGUUAUCCGAGGCUCGAUCUAUGUUGCGGCUUCGAAAAGGCUCUUCCCGUUUCGAGUCCAGUCACCCCAACCUAUCGGGACAUACUUCCCAACUUAGUCUGCAUUCCGUCAAUUCCAGCUCUACGACUACCUCUUGGAAUGCCAUAGCAGCGGCUGCAGCCUCCAACGCACUGGCAUCCACUUGUUCCCGGUCUCCGUCGGGUAGUUCUUGCCCAGCUGGCCGAGAUAUCAAACCCCACUCUCACGGACUGUUUGACACGGUCAACCCUUCCAGUCCGGGCAACACGAACGCAGGCGGCGAUUCAGUCAGCCUGUUUGAAAACAGAGUUGCCAACUCUGAUGUUCAUUCCGUAGAGUGUUGGCCAACUGCAUACCUGCCUUCUAGCUACCCCGACCCAAUUGCAUCUGCCCAGAACGGAGCGUGCUCGGACUCCCAGGCACCUCGCUCUUCCUUAUGUAGUACCUUUUCGCGGUUGAAUGAUGUCGACCCCCCCUCCACACCAGCAACAAGGGACGAGGACGUCGAAGCGGAGGAUAGUGAGUGGGCCACUACUGAAGAAACCGAAGAUGGGGAGACUGAGGAUGAGGAACGUCUGAUUGCGACAAACGCGCCGACAACAUCAGCUGAGAAACCCUCGUCUAUUCUAUAUCCGGACCAAGCAAUUCCGGCUCCGGUGUACACCAACUUGAACGAGCUUCAGAUGGCUGCUGCUCGCAAAUUCAGCACCACCAUUCCAUCGGAGUCCCAGCAGCCUAUGUCGAUUCCACCGCCACCUGAUUCGGACACGCAAGCGCACCGUGAGCUUGCGUUCGACGCUUUGCCAUCACAUCAAGACACAACAGAAUCAUCGAUGAUGGAAUCCCUCUCUCUCGGACAUGUUGUCUCUGUGAGUGGUCAGACGUGCACCUCAGUCUCCGUAGAUACCACAAACGAAUUUGUCACCACCUGCGUCAAUUCGUGCACAUCUACCUUCCGUCGCCGACAGUCCGAAUAUGGUCGAAAGCUCCACAGUGGUUCCGUGGACAGUCCCCCAACCGAUGUGGGAGGUAGACAAUUUUUGGACGGCACCUCUGUCACCCCGUGCCUUACUCGUCGCGGAAACCAGACCUAUGCUGAGUACCCCGAACGUGGCACUCGACCGAAACCUGCAAACCCUCCUCGGCGUUCUAGUAGUGUUAGCAGAGAAUUAACCCAUCUGAGGACUUCCAUGGCCAGUCAGAAUGCUGCGUUCCCUUUUCACCUGCCUAACCACCCACAUCAAAAUGGAAUUGAGGCCGGAAUUCAACGGGUUUCCAGCUCAAUAUUUGCUCACACGGACGGCGCCACUAACGCCCCCUUGCGAUCCAAUGGGUCAGACUGUUGGUUGCCUUCUGGAAAUCAUCAUGCGCGUUCUUCCAGAAUGCCUCCGACUUCUCAGUACUCACCCGUAUCCGUCCCGUCCUCACACUCGAAUGGGCCUCCUCGAGCUGAGCGGCUGAUCCAUAUGUCUCCAGCACUUGUCCCACCACCCUUGGCCACCAUCCCUGCGCCUUCUUACUCGAAGACAAACCAGCUGAUGUUUGGUAUAAAAGUGCUUCCAAACCAACCUCCCCCCUACGCCCAGUACUCACGAUUGCCCCAACGAUUUCUGCAUCGUCAAGGCAGCUGUGAGCCUAGUUCAGUUCAUCCCACUGUUUCGAAUUCCAGUUUAGGCUUUGUGUCCCCACCUCUUACUCGUGCAAAUUCCUCCCAGCGGAAUCAAACUCGCUCUCAGCUGUCAGCCACCAAACCACUGUGUGCCUUGCAGAAGGAUGACGCGAUCACAAGUUUCAUCGAAUAA